AUGCAAACGUAUAGUUUUUCAACAAGUGUUAUGUGCAAGUACUACUUUCCAUGCAUUUUGAAAAAUAAUGGGAUGCCUUUUCUUUAUGAUCAUGACGUCUAAACAAGCUGUGAUGAUGAUCACUGCUUCUAUAUAUUAGUAUAUAUGCCGGGGCAUGUAAAUUCAAUGCUACAGUUAUUUCUAUUGGCACAACAUAUAAUUAGAGGAAAAUUAGGCCAUAUAUAUAACACCUAUUGGAAUGCAAACUUCAGCUACCAAGACUUUGCGCGCUCACAUGGACUCCUCUUCCUUUGGUACAGCAGGCCGCGUGCAUUCAUUGCCCCAUGUGACAGGAAUUCAGACACAAAACCUUUUGUAGUUGUCGAUAAAGCACGACACACCACUUUACAAAAUGUGUAGCCUGGUCCCCGGUAAAAAAUAUUAACCCAUGACUCGUGUACAAGCGAUAUUAACAUGCUAAAAGAUAUCUAUUUGCUUAAAAUUUAACAUGUCCUAUAGUGACAUAUAUGUUGCAGAGGAGAAUCAGCCCUAACCCUAAUUGGUUGAGACAAUCAUAUAUCCAUGACGAUGAUCAAGAAAGUGAUAAGACAUUAGAUAUAUAUCAACUAGCACAUUUAUUUCACCGAUGGCGAGAUGUGCCACGUGGUUUCAUAUGCGCCUUUGCUUUAUCUUCCGUGGAGCAUGGUCGGUUGAAUUCCGGCAUCUUCUUUUUCUCAUCUGGCUCAAUUUCUUCAGCAGUUUAUUCUCUGCAAUUAAAGCAAAUUCUAACCUAGCUUGAAAGGUAUACCCAGUUUGGUUGAGUUCGCUAUCAACUUGAGAAGGCACAAGUUCAUAGGUACAGUACUACAUAUUAAUCCCAUACCUUUAUAUAUGCAAUCAAUUACCUUCAGAAUCGAUCUGCUACAAGAAGCAGAAACUCCGUGUUCGUAUGUUGAUCCGAGUAGGAUCAGAAGGUCACAAAAAGAACACGAAAUUCAAAGUGGAAUCGCUCAUAUAGGGGAAUAGAAAAGAAGUCGAUCUGUAACCUAGAUCUAUUGAUUAACCAUGCGGCCAGUAUCUAUAUAUGCUGAAUGAUCAAUGAUGGGAGACAUAAGAUGAUAACAAGUCCAAAAGAAGCGGAUUUUCCACAGAAGCAGGAAGGCAGUUCAAGUGAUGACAAAAUCACCAAGGCUUCAUCAAGUUCAACAGUACCAUGGUUAAGAUUGAAGGAUCCAAGGAUUGUGCGGGUGUCUCGUGCUUUUGGAGGAAAAGACAGGCAUAGCAAAGUUUGCACCAUAAGAGGAUUGAGAGACAGGCGGGUGAGGCUUUCAGUACCUACAGCUAUUCAAUUGUAUGAUCUUCAAGAGAGGCUUGGGCUUAAUCAGCCUAGCAAAGUUAUCGAUUGGUUGCUCAAUGCCGCUAAAGAUGAAAUUGAUGAACUCCCGCCACUGCGAAUACCACCAGGGAACAUUGGCCUAAACCAUCCACAAAUGUUAACUUGUAAUAAUGAAGUUGGUGCUUCUCAUUCUGAUGAAGGGUUUAAAAUGAAUAGUGGAAUUCAGUGGGAAGGUUCUAGCCGAUUACCAAAACCAAACAUUUGGAGUUUGCAUGCUCUUUCGGGGGCUCAAUCAGAAGAAUCUGCAAGAGAUCAAACAAUCAAUCCAAAAGAAAAUUGGACAAAAGGGAAUGAAGAAGAUAAACUACGAGGCAAUGAAGGUCAUGCUGCACAAUUUCCAUCAAAUAACUUCUUGCCGAGAGUUAAUUCAUCUCCCUUACCAGCUGGUUUCCUGAAUAGUUCCAUGCCUUACAAUUAUCAUAAUUGGGAUCCCUCAAGUUUUCCUCCAUCUAAUUCAGGAAGCCAUGGAUACAGGUCCCGAACAGAAGACACACACAAUAUCAAUGUCAUGUCAUUGCCUUCCUCGUCGUCUUUAUCAACUGGGUCUCAAAUUUUGGUAUGUCCUCCGGGAACAACACAACCUUUUUUCCCUUCGCAUUCUAUGGCGUCUGGGGAGAUUGGUCCGAGACAAGUUAACCAUUUUCAAAUGUUGAGCUCAAAUUCUGAUCAUAACCUUUUGCAAAAUUCUCUCACACCACCUGUUUUCCCUAUAAGCCAAUCCAUAAGACCCUUCUAUUUCAGUAUGAGUACUCCUAAUAAGCUUCUUCACUCUACAAACAACAGUGGAAGUCAGGCAAAUGAAGACCAAGAUCAGUUUCCUUCUAAAUGAUGCAUAAUGAAAGAUUGCUCUUAAUUCGUUUCAAGAAACAGGCAUGGCUCAGAUCUUAUUUAAUAACACAAAGGAAGCAAGGUGCAUUAGAAGAGAUUCUACUGUCUGGUGCGGACAUCGAUCUUUCUUAGUUUUGAUUGCAUGUUUAAAUUCCUUGUUAGCUUGCUUCAUAGUUUCGAUUAUUAAUUUUCACAUAUGCAAUUACCUUCAAUUUAAGUGUUAGGAAAAAACUUGGAAUUAAGUAUUUGCUGCUGUACGAGAAGGUUUUUAUUGGUGGACACCCCACCAUAUAUAGACUGGUAAUGGUUCUACUUUUA